AUGGCUGAUAUAUAUUCUGGCUCCCUUUUAAAUAUAGCGGCUGCGCAUGGACAGGACAGUCAGACUGAGUUAUUCAACACCCGGCUCGCACAGCUACAUGCAGAGUAUCCUGGAAGCCGAGUGCAAGAAACCAUACCACCGUUCGAAGAGCUUAAGAUUCUUGAUAAGACAGGGUUGGCACAUAAACUAGAGGGCAGCGGACCAUUCUUCAUUCAACCUAGUUUAAGCACAACUCAUGAUAGACAUUCUCUCUUCCACGGGAAUGGGAAAUCUAUGGCACCGCUUAAUACGCGAGGAUGGGUGUACCAAGAGCGCAUUUUAUCACCCAGAACUGUGAGCUUCUACGCGACAGAGUUAGUAUGGGAAUGUAGAGCAGAAAGAUGGUGCGAAUGCACCAGAAUAUCAGAACUUCCCCAACACAACUCAACGAGGAUGAUCCCUGCAGAUGGCGCGAGGAUACGUUCGCUGCUAUAUAAAGACAAUGGACAACAGCUCAAUAAAAUUCUUGACGACUGGUAUUCGAAUAUCGAAAACUGUGCCGUUCUUCAGUUAACGAAGGAAGAAGAUCGACUGCCCGCACUCUCCGGAAUCGCAAGCCGCACUUUCGAAGCUCUGAAUCAAUUAUCAAAGUCAAUUUCAUCACAGGGAUUUGAGGAUUCGCAUGAUCCUCAAUAUGUUGCUGGAUUGUGGAAGAUUCAUAAAAUUGACGGCUCUUUAUCUUCAAGGGGAUUUCUUUGGUAUUUUUUCAGAGGCACUCGUUCCUUGAAAAGACCAGAGAAAUUUGUAGCACCAACAUGGUCAUGGGCGUCAGUCGUAUGUCAAAGUACUAAUAAUGGUCGAGCCAUGAACACCUUCUAUAUCCCAGAUCAACGUGCGGAUAAUUCUUUUACUAUUGAGGAUAUCAGUUGUAUGGUGGAAGGUGUCAAUCCGUAUGGGGCAGUAUCAUCUGGGAAACUCAAAGUCCGUGGGAAGUUGAUGCUAGCCGGAGACAUCCGAGACUUUUAUACCGAAGACCAUAUUUUGAAAUCGAAUUUAGGAAAAGCAGUUUCAAAUUUUUCUACAAACCACUACUACGAGGAAGGGGAUCUAGACGUCGAUGGUUGA